AUGGCCCGGAACAAGAAAAAACGAAAAGCAGUGAAGCAGGCUCAGGUGGCUGAGAAGGAUGAACACCAGAGACCUGAGGAAUCCAGAAAAAUAGAAACAUACCUGGUAACACUUCCAAGUGCCGUGAAGAAGUUUGUGAAUAUCUCAGAUAUGAAAAACUCAGAUCCAAGUUACAAUGAUUCCUCAGAGGGGCCAUUUGGUUUGGGCUCUGUUGUUUUCCCUUGUUUACAGCGUUUCAACAACAUUGAGGUCUUCCUCUUUCUGUGCUUUUUAGCAAUCUUUGUUCAUGGUAUAAUGUUUGCUCUUGUUGAUGUGUCUUUAAAAUUAUUUGUGUCUCGAUUUUUGCCAUCAGACACAGAGAUAUUCCUACUGGAUUUUAGUGAUUAUUUUGCUUCUUUCCUGGUAGCAAUGCUUGUAGCAGUUUUUGGAAGUAGAGGAAAUAGGGCAAAAUGGGUGGCAGCUGCCUGUUUUGUAACAGGACUUUCAGCAAUUGUUUUUGCUGUUAUUUACUUUAAUUAUGAAAUUAUAAAAGUGAGCACAGUAGAAUCAGAGGAUUUGUGUGAGGAAGGAAAAACUCCAAAAGUUUGUGGGGUAACUGUAAUACCACACAAAUCAAUAUGUAUCUUUCUCUUCAUCUUCGGGCAGUUUCUCCAUGGAUUAGCAGGGAUGCCACUUUUUAUACUUGGCACAACCUUCAUAUAUGACCAUGCUCCCACAUUCACAAAUGGAAUAUAUAUAGCUAUUGAAUUUUCUGGAGUAACAUUGGGAUACAUUCUGGGUUUUCUAGUAGGAACACGAAUUGUCUUGCCUGUAAAAGAAGCUAUGAAAGCAGUUGAUCAUGUUCAGAGGCUUCGAAUAUUGCAGAGAAAUUGGUGGAAAUCUUUUAUUUUUGUUGGUUCAGCCUCAUUUUCUACAUCUUUACUGCUGUUCUGUUUUCCAUCUAGUUUACCUGGUGCACAAAAAUUAAGACUUCAGAAAAGCAAGGAACCUCCCACCAGUGACAGGAGACUUCAAAAUAAGGAAAUUAAGCAUAAUUUGAAGGGUAUUCUUCAUGCUAUUUGGUGUCUACUGAGGAACCCACUGGUGCUGACCCAGACAUUCUGCAAAGUCACAGAGUCUCUGACAUUUAAGGCAUCUUCACAUUUUUUGCCCCUAUACUUACAAACUCAAUUUUUAAUAACGCCGAAUCAUUCUAUUAUGAUGACAGGAAUGUUUAUAUUUCCAGCAUAUACUGUUGGUCGUUUUUUUGGAGGCUAUAUUGUUGACAAAUUGCAAAUGAAUAAUAAGACCAAAAUGAAAUUUAUAUCCGUGGUAUCUAUUGUAUCAGUUGGGCUUUUCCUACCAAUCAUUUUUGUGCAGUGUGAAACAGCAAAAUUUGAAGGAAUCAAUGAUGAUUAUGAUGGCCUUGGUAGAGUUGGAAACCUUACAGCUCCCUGCAAUGAGAACUGUGGCUGUACAACUUCUGCCUAUACGCCUCUAUGUGGAAGAGAUGAGAGACAAUAUUUCUCUCCCUGUUUUGCAGGGUGCAGAGCUUCUAAAUACUUAAGGAAUGAAAAGGCAUACUACAAUUGUUCUUGCAUUAAAGAAGGAUUGGCCUCUCCUGAUGAUGAAGGUCAAUAUAUUGACGCUAUUUCUGGAACAUGUAAUAUCAACUGUCUUACAUUACCUUUGUUUUUUGCUUUUUACUUUUGUGCAACGGUUUUUUCUAAUUUCUGUAAUAUACCUGCCCUCAUGAUUAUCAUGGAAAGUGUACCUGCCAGUUGGAAUUCAAUGAGCUUGGGUGUGACAUAUACAAUUUGGAGAUUCAUUGGAGCUUUCCUUGUAACAACACUUUUUCCAGAAGCAUCAGCUCUAUGUUGUAAUUUCUGGGACAUUAAUGAAUGUGGAGUAAAAAUACGUUGUUGGAUCUAUAAUUCGAAACGAUUGGUCUACGUGUUUAUGGGAAUAUGGAUUAGCAUGCAAGUAUCCGCAUUCUUGCUUUGUCUUUAUGGAAUUUUCAGACAUGAUUACACGGUAAAUGGAAAGACUAAAAGUCUGGAUACACCUGUAAAUGGUGGAAAAACAAAACAUGAAAAGAAAAAACAAGAGCAAUUAGAAAGAGUAGUAAAAGAAAUUAAAUGA